AUGAAGACCAGAAGCUUCUUGGUCCAGGUUGUGGUCCUUCUCGUCCUUGGGACGCUGGUGGCAGAGGCAGCUAUUGUAAGAGGUCUCCCAAAAGGUCAAGGCACUAAGAAAGGAAAUGUUGUAGUCAACGGAAAGGGCCCAAUCAAUGGUCAAUAUCCUGUCAAAAGACCAGAUCCAGUGAAAGGUCAGGGUCCAGUGAAAGGUCAAGGUCCAGUGAAAGGUCAAGAUCCAGUGAAAGGUCAAGAUCUGGUCAAAGGACAAGAACCCGUCAAAGGUCAAGAUCCAGUCAAAGGACAAGAACCAGUCAAAGGGCAAGAUCCAGUCAAAGGUCAAGAUCCAGUCAAACUUCAGCUCUCAGUCAUACACCUUCCUGACAACAUGAAGACCAGAAGCUUCUUGGUCCAGGUGGUGGUCCUUCUUGUCCUUGGGAUGCUGGUGGCAGAGGCAGCUGUCGUAACAGGUCGCCCAAAAGGUCAAGGCAUUAAGAAAGAAAAUCUUGUAGCCAAUGGAAAGGGUCCAAUCAAUGGUCAAUCUCCUGUCAAAGGACAAGAUCCAGUGAAAGGUCAAGACCCAGUCAAAGGACAAGAUCUAGUCUUAGGACAAGACCGAGCCAUAUUUUUAAUCAAGCGUGGAUCCUGCCCCUGGUUUCCGUACAAAUGCCUUUUGGUGAAUCCCCGUAACAAGUGUCUGAUAGAUGCUCAGUGCCCAGGGGCCAAGAAGUGCUGUGAAGGCUUUUGUGGGAAGGCCUGUAUGGAUCCCCGGUGAGAGUCUUCUUGCUGCACCUGUGACGUCCCCAGGGAUGUAGCCCCGGUGUCUGUCGCACGACCCUCUCCCACACUGCCCCUUCUUCCUCUCAUCCAGGAGGCCCAGCUUGAGCAUGGACUGCCUCCCUCGUGAACUUGCCAAUAAAAGACUGCUUUCAACUCCA